AUGCAGAUCGCCACCGCAGAUGACUACUGUUUCGAUGGAGCGCGGUUUCGGACUUGCAACGAUGGCGACCCUACCCUUAGGUGGGGUAUCGGCAUCGAUUUCCGGUCCACGGAGCCAUCGCGAAACCUCUUCUACUUCUUCGAUCGAGAGAAGUGUGCGGUGCGGGAAGGAGAGACGGCAAGAAAAGGAGAUUGCAAGAACAAGGGGGCCGCUAGAUGGGGAUGGAGGGACGGCAAGUUGACACAGGGUGGAAAGCACUGCCUUGGUCGGGGUAGAGAUAACAAGGCGAUCAUGGUGCCUUGCUCCGAGGGACACGAACACGUCAACUUCAUCACCCCCGAAAUCGUUCCCGUUGGGACGCAACAAUCCAUGUUUGGCGAGCAAGAAAAGGCUUCCACUAGGAGAGGGGCGACGCCGCGACGCUUCGAGUGA